CCCCCCUCGGGAGCACUCCCGGGAGCACCGCCGGUACCGGUGCCAUGCUCAUCCUGCCCGCAGCCCGCCCCCGGCGCCGCUCCCCGAGCGUCCCUCGUCGGUGGAUGACCGCGGGUGCGGCGAGAGCGUCCCCGCGAGAGCAUCCCCAUUCCACACCGGUGCCACCCCUCCGGUGUCUCCACCGCCCUCCGGUGCCGGCGGGGCGGGCGCCGCCGAGCAUGCGCGCCGCCGCCCCCCGCCCUCCCCCCGGCUCCGCCGCUCCCUGCAACACACCGGGGCGAUCGCGGCCGCCGCUGCUGCCGCCGCCGCCGCAGGCACGGGCGCGGGUAGCGGAGCCAUGGCUGAGGGCGAGGACCUGCAGACCUUCACCUCCAUCAUGGACGCGCUCGUCCGCAUCAGCACCAGCAUGAAGAACAUGGAGCGGGAGCUGGUGUGCCCGGUGUGCAAGGAGAUGUACAAGCAGCCUCUGGCCCUGCCCUGUACCCACAACGUGUGCCACGUGUGUGCCAGCGAGGUGCUGCUGCAGCACGGCCACCUGUACUGUGACCCCACCUCCGAGCCCACCUCGCCCGCGGCCACCCCGUCCACCCGCAGCCCCCGCCUGGGCCGCAGGGCUGUCCCCAAACCCGACCGGCUGGACCGCCUCCUCAAGUCAGGCUUUGGCACCUACCCGGGGCGCAAGCGGGGUGCUGUGCACCCCCAGACUGUCACCUUCCCGUGCCCCGCCUGCCAGCGGGACGUGGACCUGGGCGAGCGGGGUCUGGGCAGCCUCUUCCGCAACCUGACCCUGGAGCGGGUGGUGGAGCGCUACCGGCAGACCAUCAACAUCAGCGCGGCCAUCAUGUGCCAGUUCUGCAAGCCCCCGCAGCUGGAGGCCACCAAGGGCUGCACAGAGUGCAAGUCCAGCUUCUGCAAUGAGUGCUUCAAGCUCUACCACCCCUGGGGCACGCAGAAAGCCCAGCAUGAGCCCACGCCCCCCACCCUCACCUUCCGCCCCAAGGGGCUGAUGUGCCCGGAGCACAAGGAGGAGGUGACUCACUACUGCAAGACCUGCCAGCGGCUGGUGUGCCAGCUCUGCCGCGUGCGCCGCACCCACACCAGCCACAAGAUCACCCCGGUGCUCAGCGCCUACCAGGCCCUCAGGGAGAAGCUGACGAAGAGCCUCGCCUACAUCCUGAGCAGCCAGGACACGGUGCAGACCCAGAUUGCUGAGCUGGAGGAGACAGUGAAGCACACAGAGGUAAACGGCUCACAGGCCAAGGAAGAGGUGUCCCAGCUGAUCCAGGGGCUCUGUGCCAUGCUGGAGGAGAAGCGGGCCACGCUGCUGCAGGCCAUCGAGGAGUGCCAGCAGGAGCGGCUGGCCAGCCUGCACGGCCAGAUCCGAGAGCACCAGGCCAUGCUGGAGAACUCGGGCAUGGUGGGCUAUGCCCAGGAGGUGCUGAAGGAGACUGACCACCCCUGCUUUGUCCAGGCUGCCAAGCAGCUGCACAACAGGAUCCUCAGGGCCACUGAUUCGCUGCAGAGCUUCCGUCCUGCAGCCAAUGCCUCCUUCAGCCACUUCCAGCUGGAUGUCAGCAGGGAGCUGAAGCUGCUCACCGACCUGGCCUUCAUCCGAGCGCCCGAGGCCCCCGUCAUCGACACGCAGCGCACCUACACCUACGACCAGAUCUUCCUGUGCUGGCGGCUGCCGCAGCACUCGCCGCCCGCCUGGCACUACACCGUGGAGUUCCGCAAGACCGACGCCAAGGCCAAGGGGCUGAAGCUGUGGCAGCGGCGGGAGGAGGUCAGGGGCACCUGCGCCCUCGUCGAGUACCUGGACACGGACAGCGUCUACGUGCUCAGGGUGAAGGGCUACAACAAGGCGGGUUUUGGGGACUACAGCGAGGACAUCUACCUGCACACGCCGCCCGCCCCAGUCCUCAACUUCUUCCUGGACAACCGCUGGGGCUUCAACCGGGACCGGCUGGCCAUCAGCAAGGACCAGCGCGCGGUGCGCAGCGUGCCCGGCAUCCCCAUGCUCUUCGCCGCUGAGCGCCUGAUGACCAGCUGCCACCUCUCCAUCGACCUGGUCAUCGGCGACGUGGCCAUCACCCAGGGCAAGAGCUACUGGGCCUGCUGCGUGGACCCCAGCUCCUACCUGGUCAAGGUGGGCGUGGGGCUGGAGAGCAAGCUGCAGGAGUGGUUCCAGGUGCCGCAGGAUGUGGUGAGCCCCAGGUAUGACCCUGACAGUGGCCACGACAGUGGGGCAGAGGACACUACGGUGGAGGCACCUCCUCCCUACGCCUUCCUCACCAUCGGCAUGGGCAAGAUCCUGCUGUCACAUGGCUCAGCCCUCACGUCCCGUGACCCCAACGGCUGCACCGUGCCCCUGCCCCCACGCAUUGGCAUCUGCCUGGACUACGAGCAGGGCAAGGUGAGCUUCUACGACGCCGUGUCCUUCCGCGAGCUCUGGGAGUGCGGCGUGGACUGCUCGGGGCCCGUCUGCCCCGCCUUCUGCUUCAUCGGAGGGGGGGCCCUGCACCUGCAGGAGCUGGUGGCCAACAAGCAGGAGAGGAAAGUGACCAUCGGGAACUUCGCCAAGCUGGACUGAGCCAGGCCCGCCGUCCCCACAUGCCCCCCGGGCACCCUGCGAGCGCCAGGGGGACACAAGUGGCCAGGGAGCAGAGCAGAGCAGGGGUGGCCCCGGCCCUGCCACCACUGGGGACAGGACAGGUGUUUGUUUUGUGGGAUGGGGGGGAUGGGGACAGCUUCGUCGUCUCCUCCUCACCCUGUCUGCCUGCCCCUAGCUCCAGCUCAGCCCCAGGCUGCUCUGGGCUGGGGCUGUGGGCAGGGCUGGCAGAGGGUCAGCCCUAGAGAUGGGUCAGGGAGGGGGACGGGGCUG